CCAAGAUCAACACCCACAGUGCUGUGUCAUCAGUGCUCAGAGGAAUAAAACCCGAGGAGCGUCCAGAGACUUCAGGUAAAGCUGCCACCAUGACUCCACCUGCUCUCCUGUCUGCAGCUCUGCUGCUGCUGCUGCUUCCUGCGACUCUGACCGAUGACGGACUGGUUCCCUUUGAGGUGGUGGUGCAGAACAGAUUGUUGGGCACGACUCCACAGGCCUACAUCACCCAUGUGAAGUUUGGAGGAAUCCUCCUGGGAGGUCUGAAGAGACUCAUGAACUCCACCAACACCUUCAGGUUCACCUACACCGAAGACCCAGACUACGGUCCUUACCUGGAGAGUGUGAACGGCCUGGCUAGAAAUGAUGACGACCGUACCUACUGGGAGCUGCUGGUGAAAAUGACAAACGGAACAAUCGUGAGAACAAAUGCUGGUAUCGGAUGUUACAUUCCCAGUGAGAAUGAAGAGGUCAUCCUGAACUUCACCCGCUGGGAAGACCCUUCAGCAGAAUCAGAAAUCUCCAACGUGGUUGAUGAUCAAGAUGGGCCCUUAACCACCAAACUGGGUCCCAGGCCACAUCGGGGCCGGCACCAAAGUUGAACCGGUUCUUGUGUUCCGGCAGCUACAGGAAGCGCCUGGUUGAAGUUAUUGCUGCCAAAGGGGGCGGGGGGGCCACAAAAUAUUAAAUGUAAUAGUUCAGUUACUUAUUCCUCCCCCCUCUGUCAUUGUUUGCAUGCUAUACUCAUUAAAAUAUGAAACCCUAUAAAUGUUUGGGUGGUUUUACCACCCAAACACUGACGUUCUGACGUUCUGCAAUGACGCGAUGACGUCGGUCCACCUCCCCCUCCGUGUCCGCAGUGAGAGACCUCAUCAGGCUGCAGUGGAAAUAAACCAGCUCGCAAAUGAA